AUGAAGAUCUUCUCCCACCCGGCUGCUAUCAUCUUCGCCGUCCUCAGCUUCGCACGCGUAAAGGCAGAGGAGUGCAUCGUAUCUUCCCUCUCCGACGCCGCCCAGGAGCAGCUGUCCAUGUACGACAAGGACCUCUACCUUGAGCCCGACUGCGUCAAUGGCGCCUCCCCCAUGCCCGUCCACUGCAACUACAUGGGUCUGGGACAGGAGUGCCGCGGUUGCUUCAUGACUUGCGACGGCGCCACCAGGUACCUCGAUGAUUUCGCUGAGGAGAUCUCCGUGUGGGGAGUAGACGCGAUCGUCCACUUCUGCCCCGACGCUGAGGUGGAACUCCUGGAGGAAUGCUAGUUGGGCACCUCGUUCGGCAAAGUUGCAACCUCAUCGGGAUCUUUAUCUUCUUCGUAGACGUUCGUCGAUCAUCUGUCGUUUCGACGCUGAUUGAUUGUAGCAUCUACCGUUCGUUCCUACUAGUCUGGAAACGGUUUCCUCCUGUUGUGCGUGUGCGCGCGCACGGACUGCUGUGCUGCGAAGUCUCAAAUGUUUGUGGCCCUCUCUUUCUUCGUUUUGGCGGCUUUCUUGGUGCGGGGGGAGUUUUUGCGGUGAAAUGAGAGACAGAGCGUCGUCCUUUUUUCUUCGCCGUGCCUGGUUUCGUUCGAGCUCCCUCUUGUUUGUUUGUUUUGUCGAAUGAGAUGUCGCACGUUCGAGUCGAAGCUGUACAAAUAGACUUGUUUUUAAGGCGGUAGAUAGUUUCUUUUCGCCCUGUUUGGCGUGAUUCUCGCGUUUGAAACACGUAUGUACGUAUUCAUAGAGGAGAUCGAUAUUAUCUCGGCUCACGCUUUUGUUGCUCUAGACGCUGACGGCAAGAUAUAUUGGCCAAACCCUGCGCUUGCUUCUAGGCAGGCAGGCGGAUCUCGAAAAGAGGUGAACUUGACAACGAUUUCGAGAACA